AUGUCGUACGGAGACCGUCGGGUCAAGUUUGCGCUCUUCGGCCUCGGUCGCCUGGGAGCCCUUCGAGCCCGCAUUCUCGCCUUCCAGCAGCCUCGGAUUGAACUCGUCGCUGUCUGCGAUACAAAGCCAGGAACAGACAAAUGGGCCGCCGAGAACUUGCCCCCCUCUGUCAAGUAUUUCUCAGACCCUCAGGAAUGCUUGAAGAACAGUGGCGCCGAGGCCGUCCUCAUCUGCACCGCGACUGCUACACAUGCACCUUUGAUCUUGCAGGCCCUUGAUCUAAAUCUACACGUCAUGUGUGAGAAGCCUAUCUCAGUGGACGUCGCUACUACAAAGGCAGUAGUUGAGAAGUCUGCUUCCAGACCUGACCUCAAGUUCCUGGUUCCCUUCACUCGUCGAUAUGACACGUCCUACCGUCAGGCUAAGGCUCUGGUCCAGAAUGGAGACCUUGGCGAAAUCCACGCUGUUGAGACGACUGGUAUUGAUAAAGCAGACCCCAAUGCCUUUUUCGUAGCUUUUUCCGAACAGUCUGGCGGAAUCUUCCUUGAUUUUGGUAUCCACACUGUCGAUGCCGGACGGUACUUGUUGGACGUUACGUCAGGACUCUCCAGCCCGAAGAAGCAGGUGAACAGAGUCAUUGCCUUUGGCCAAGUGGCUGUCUAUGGUGACUUGGCCAAAUAUGGCGACGCUGACAAUGCCUGGGGCCUGGUGGAAUUUGCCAAUGGCAAGAUUUUCAAGACAUACCUUGGCCGCACGCUUACCAGCGGUUUUGAAGACACCACUCGGUUGUGCGGCACGAAGGGACAUUCGAUCAUUAGUGCCAAUUCGAAUGUUGAGAUUCGCGACCACAUCGGUAUUCGCACAACAUCUGUGCCUGAUGCAUUUACUCUCUUCGAUACGACAUUCCUGACUGAUCUGGCUGAAUUUGCCGAUGCGGUACUUGAUAAUAAGCCGUUGACUUGUCAACCAGAGGACGCUUUUGAGGCGGCUAAGAUCUGCGCUGCUUUACAGUAUUCAUUCCGCAAGGGUGUGCCCGUAUACUUCGAUGAUAAUGGCCUACCCAUUAUGGAAUAA